AUGCACUGUGACGCCGACAUCGCUGAGCUCCAGACUGAACUGGAUUGUCUUCGUGUUCACCUUUUCCUUGCUGGGCUCGAUCCUCAGUUUGAUCAAGUCCGGGGGGAGAUCCUGCGCAAUGAUCCCAAAUUAGACCUUGACCAAACUUUUGCAUAUGUACAUCGCGAAGCUCAACAACGACUGACCAUGGCCAGUACUCCAGACACUGCGGUUCUGGCCACUCAACAUUCGAGGGGCCCUCCGCACUCUACCGGUGGCACUUCUCAGACUCAGACCACAAGCUCUCGUCCGGAGACAAAAUGUACUCAUUGUGGUGGAAGCAAACAUACUCGUGCUCGCUGUUACGAACUAAUUGGGUACACGGAUUGGUGGGAUCACUCCAAAGCUCCUCGCAGGAAUAAGAGCAACUCCCUCCACACAUCUUCUGUCACGGAUCCUGUAAGUCCUGCUGCUUCACCUGCACCGGCUCCUGCCUCUACCUCUGUAGCCACAUUAGGUACCCAAUGUUAUGUUUUGCAUAGUUCCUCAAAGAAACACACAUGGGUCAUUGACACCGUAGCCACUGAUCACAUGACCUUUGAUCCGGGACAAAUUAUCUCUCAUACACCGCCUUCUCAAUCGGUGGUGUCUAAUGCCAAUGGUACCUCCUCCCCAGUGAUUGGGGAGGGUUCCCUCUCUCUCUCUGACUCCCUCACUUUGGAUUCUGUGUUGAUUGUUCCAUCCUUACAUCAUAAUCUCUUGUCUGUUGCCCAAAUUACUACGGCUUUGAAUUGCACUGUAACUUUUUGGCCUACUCAUUGUGUUUUUCAGGACAUUCUCAGUAGCAAGACGAUUGGUUGUGGUACUAGGAGGGGCAAACUCUAUUAUUUGGACCUGGCAUUUGACAGUGAAGCCAGCCUCAAUCAAGCUUACAAAAUUGGGGGGACGAGUGUUGAGAAGCAAACUUCCGAAGUUCUUCGGUCUGACAAUGGCGGGGAAUUUCUCAACCAUGAUCUUAAUGAGUUCUUCCAAGAUCACGGUAUCAUCCAUCAACGCUCAUGCCCUUCCACUCCUCAACAGAAUGGUGUGGCUGAACGAAAGAAUAGACACUUACUGGAAGUAGUUCGUGCAUCCCUCUUUGGUGCAAAUAUGCCUCGGUCUUUUUGGGGUCGGAUUCCCUCUAGUAUCCUCCAAUUCCGAACCCCCCUUCAAACACUCCAACACCAUAGCCAAAUACCUCCCACCCAAAACCUGGAACCCCGCAUAUUUGGUUGUGUGGUCUUUUUCCACUUACAUGAUCACCAUCGCAGCAAAUUAGAUCCCCGUGCCGACAAGUGUGUGUUCAUUGGUUAUGCAUCUCAUCAGAAAGGUUACCGGUGUUAUCAUCCUCCAAAUCAGAAAGUCUAUACUUCUAUGGAUGUUGUGUUCCGGGAACAAGAGAACUAUUUUUCAGAUGCACAGGAGGACCCUUCUCAAAUUUCCGAAUUUUUUCCUUCAGCAGUUUUUCUAGAUUCGUUCCAGACUCAGAACGACCGGUCGCAGACCUCUAGCGACCGGUCGCCUGACGAAAAUGACCGGUUGCCUGACCCUAACGACUGGUUGCUCCCCCCAUUUUUUUCUGAAAUUGUUUUGCUUCAGUCCGAUCCCAGCCAUCACACUCAUGAGGAGAGAAUUGAAGAGUUUGUGCCUGCUCCGGAGAAUUCUUCAGCUCCAGUACCACACUAA